GUUGAUUGUUCACAAAACGCAACUGCAUCAUGUUUCUUCAAUCCAAGAUCGCGGCCCUGGCGCUCUGCAUCGCCCAGGUUUCCGCUGCCCCAGCCGCGAGACAGGCUGAAGGCUUCGUGACCACCGAUGGCGAGAAAUUCAUGCUCGACGGGAAGAACUUCUACUUUGCCGGUAGCAAUGCCUACUACCUCCCCUUUCAAGGCACCCAGGCCGACGUCGAGAAAGGACUCACCGCCGCCUACGACGCUGGCCUGCGCGUGAUGCGCACAUGGGGUUUCAACGACAAGAACGUGACCUACGACCCCAGCGGCCUGCCCCAGUACAACGGCGCUGACCCUGGUGCCGAUGAAGCCGUCUUCCAGUGGUGGGACAAUGGCGUCCCUACGAUCGACGUGACCCAGUUUGACAAGGUCGUCAACGGGGCCGAGGCCGCUGGCAUGAAGCUCCUCGUCACUCUGACCAACAACUGGGCUGACUACGGCGGCAUGGACAUGUACACCGUCAACCUGGGCGGACAGUACCACGACGAUUUCUACCACGUCCCCGAAAUCAAGCAAGCCUUCAAGAACUACGUCGAGCUCUUUGUCACCCGCUACAAGGACUCCCCCACCAUCUUCGCCUGGGAACUCGCCAACGAGCCACGCUGCGGUGCCGACGGCACGCGCAACCUCCCACGCAGUCCCGCCGGCUGCGACCCGGACGUCAUGAGCGCGUGGAUCACCGAGAUGAGCGCCUUCGUCAAGUCACUCGACCCCAACCAUCUCGUCACCUGGGGCGGCGAGGGCGGCUUCAACCGCGUCUCGGAUGACUGGGCGUACAAUGGCGCCGACGGUGGUGACUUUGACGCUGAGAUUGCCCUGGACGAUAUUGACUUUUGUGUCUUCCACUCGUAUCCUGACUGGUGGUCCAAGACGGUCGACUGGACGGACCAGUGGAUCCGCGAUCAUGCCGAGGCUGCUCGCGCGGCGGGCAAACCUGUGGUGCACGAGGAGUACGGCUGGCUGACGGACGAGGCGCGACUGGAGUAUGUCGGCACCGUCAGCAACAUCUCCAGGGUCGAGGCCAUGGGCGGCUGGCAGGAGAUUGCCGUGGAAGAGAAGAUUCCGGACAUGUACUGGCAGUUUGGCUACUCGGAGUGGUCGUAUGGUCGCAACCACAAUGACGGGUUCACCAUCUAUCUGGACGACGAGGAGGCACAGCCGCUGGUGUUUGAGCAUGCGGAGAAGAUGAAUGCGCUGAAUGGGCAGCGGCCGGCUUUUGGGUGA